UUCAAGCGUGGUGUCCUGUUGCGUGAUCUCCCGCAGCUAUCCUCAGGAAACCAACCAUCUCCAUUCACUGACCAUCAGUGCGCUGCGCUACUCUGGAGGGGCCAACACAUCGGCAGGAAUAAAACUCCUUUCAUAACUUACAUUUGAAACCUCGCUCGCUGGACAGGACUCACCAGAGAUGAUGAACUCUAUCCUCAUCUGCCUGCUAUGUGGAUUGUAUGGAGUUCUUGCGAAAGACAAGGAUCAGAAGGGGAAGUACAGCGUCCCGAUUCUGGACGUGAAAGCCCGGCAGCUGGUCCUGGACACCAACCAGACACUACUGCUCAGCUGCAGGGGUCGCUGGGAAGUGGCAUGGGCCUUCCCUUCAGCUCUGCUUAGAGGGGAGGUGCAAGUGGAGGAGUAUCGCUGUGGGCGGACGGGGAAGCUGUUCUGCAGCCGCCUGAUGGUCAGCAGCACCCAGACCCAGCACACCGGCCUGUUCCGCUGCAGAUACAGCCUCCGAACCCGCAGACAGACCUCCAUCUACGUUUAUGUCACAGACAGCCAGCAGCCGUUUGUGGAAGACCCGGAUAUGAGCCCAGAUGUGUUGUACAUGAAGGACAAGCAGCCGCUGGACAUCCCCUGCCGGGUCACCCACCCCAACAUCACCACCACGCUGGUCAAGGUCAGUCACCCCCACCGCAGCCUGAGUCCGGACCACAGGGUCAUUCUAUGGAACAGCAAGAAAGGCUUCACCAUCCGGACCCCCACCCUCUAUUACAUCGGCCUCUUCUACUGCCAGGCGGUCACUGAUGGCGUCACGCACAUCUCCCGUAAAUACUUCAUAUACAGACCAGUGAGUAACAUCAUGGAGGUGUACCUGAACAGUAGUGGACCUGAGCAGGCCCUGAAGGGGGAGAGGCUGGUGUUGAACUGCACCGCCACCGGGGAGCUGAACACCAGAGUGAACAUCAGCUGGGACUACCCCGGAAAGAUCAACAACACCGGCACCACUUAUAAGAGGCUCCUGAAACACAGGACGCACAUUCUGUUCUACAAUAUUCUGACCAUCCCGAAGCUGCAGCGCUCGGACAGAGGCCUGUACACCUGCCGCGUGACCAGCGGGGACAAAACCAAGGAACAGAGAGUCAAUGUCACUGUGUUUGACCGUCCGUUCAUCCGCCUGAAGCCCCGACAUGGAUCUGUGAUAAAAGUACAGGCAGGACAGAAAUCUUACAGACUCUCUCCCAAGCUACGAGCAUUCCCUGAUCCUGAAGUCAUCUGGCUGAAGGACGGGAUGGUGGCAGCCGAGCAAUGCUCCAGAUACCACCUCGACGGGACUUCUCUGGUGAUCCGGGACGUGGCGGAGGAGGAUGCUGGGAAGUACACUGUCCUGGUACGGAUCCUGGAACAUGGACUCUACCAGAAUCUCACGCUCACACUUGUGGUCAACGUGAGUCCUCAGAUAGGGGAGAAGGCGGUGUCGUUGCAGGACCCGGGCUCAGUGCCCCGGGGUAGCAGACAAUCCCUCCACUGCACAUCUCACGGAGUCCCGCCUCCACACAUCCAGUGGCUCUGGCACCCCUGCCCGUCCAAAGGCCUGUGUCUGUGUCCUGCGUCCUCCUCACUGUGGAGUCCAGUAAGAGAGAGGGUCCCCGCCACGUCCACAAGCAACCACAUCCUGAGUCUUACGCACAGGCAGGAAGUGCUUCAGGGGAAGAACAAGACAGUGGGGGUUCUGACUGUGGCAGAGGCCUCUGUGUCUGGAGUGUAUCGCUGCGUCGCCUUCAGCGCUGCAGGAGCAGACCAGCUGGACCUCCACCUCUACGUCACAGAUGUCCCAGGAGGCUUCAGUGUGAGCCAGAGGGAGGACCCUAGGGAGGGCGGAGACCUCCAUCUCACCUGUGCAGCCAAUAAGUACCUGUAUGGCGCGUUAUCAUGGCAACGGGUGAAUGACACGGAGCACGUCCGAUCAGGCGGCCCCGCCCCGCAGCAGCGGGUCACACAGGGGGAGUUCUCCAAUUCACUGGUCCUGUUACUAAGCAACCUAACAGCCACAGACUCAGGAGCCUACAGAUGCUCCGCCCAUCACCUGGUCACCGGGCAGGACACACACCUGGACACACAGGUGGAGGUCACAAUUUUGGAGCCUCCGGUGCUGCUCGAUAAUCUGACAGAUUGCACAGUCAAUGUCAGCAGCUCCGUCAUCCUCAGCUGUCCGUCUGCAGGCGUCCCGCCCCCCACCAUCACCUGGUACAAGGACGAGCGUGCUCUCUCUCAGGGAUCAGGUAUCGUGAUAUCCCCAGACGACGGGACCCUGAACAUUGAUCGAAUCUCAGUGGAGGACCAGGGCCUGUAUACGUGCCAGGCCACCAAUGAGAGGGGGUCUGCAGAGAGCUCUGCCUAUAUAUGGGUUAACGGAGCCCCUGAAGCCUCCUUUCUGGAGAUCCCAGCUCUCACCUGUACCUGUGUGGUGGCCACUCUGCUCUGGCUCUUUCUGACCCUCGUCAUACGCAAACUGAAACAGCCCAACGGCUCCAACGCCAAACCAGAGUUCCUGUCGAUCAUUCUGGACAGAGGAGACAGACCAAUAGAGGAGCAGUGUGAGAGACUGCAGUACGACCCCGGCCAAUGGGAGUUCCCUCGAGAGCGGCUCAAAUUAGGGAAGCCUCUGGGCCGCGGAGCCUUCGGGAAGGUGGUGCAGGCGGCUGCGUUCGGGAUAGAAAACACCGCCAGCUGCACCACUGUGGCGGUGAAGAUGCUCAAAGAGGGCGCCACAGCCAGCGAGCACAAGGCUCUGAUGACCGAACUGAAGAUCCUCAAUCACAUCGGACACCAUCUGAAUGUAGUCAACCUCCUGGGAGCGUGCACCAAGCCCGAAGGGCCACUGAUGGUCAUCGUGGAGUACUGUUGCUAUGGAAACCUGUCUACCUUCCUGAAGGGCAAGAGAGAAGUGUUUGUGCACAACAGGGAUGGGGGGCCAGGUUUUGUCAGCAGUGUGUUUGAUGACAGUAAAGAGAGUGACCUAGACACCAAAUCUGCCUCCAACUCUCCUUUAUUCCUGGAGGAUCUCAUCUCCUUCAGCUUCCAGGUGGCGCGGGGGAUGGAGUUCCUGGCCUCUCGCAAGUGUAUUCACCGAGACCUAGCAGCCAGGAACAUUCUGCUCUCUGACAAUAAAGUGGUGAAGAUCUGUGACUUCGGUCUGGCUCGAGACAUCUACAAAGACCCCGAUUACGUCCGUAAGGGAGAUGCCCGCCUCCCUCUGAAGUGGAUGUCUCCAGAAGCCAUCUUUGACAAGGUGUUCACCACGCAGAGUGACGUGUGGUCCUACGGCAUCCUGCUGUGGGAGAUCUUCUCUCUGGGAGCGUCCCCGUACCCUGGUCUUCAAAUAGAUGAAGAGUUCUGCCACAGACUGAAGGGGGGAACAAGGAUGAGAGCGCCUGAAUGCAGCACGCCUGAGAUCUACAGCACGAUGCUGGCUUGCUGGGAGGCCAGUCCCUUAGAUCGACCCACCUUCACUAACCUGGUGGAGACCCUGGGAGACCUGCUGCAGGCCCGGGUUCAGCAGGAAGGGAAGGAUUACAUUCCUUUGGGGUCUUUCACGGCUGGAGACAGUAGUCGCAGCGGGACAUGCAAAGAAAACCCGCUUGCAGUCACAAACCUGAGUUACAUGAGGGGUAUGGCCACGCUUCAGACCUUUGAAGAGCUUCCCUGCGAGGAGCCAGACAGCCUGAAUGAUGAGCAGAGUGACAGCGGCAUGGUCCUACCGUCCGAAGAGCUGAAGCAUGUGACGUGGGGUAGCUGCACCAAGAGCCAGAAACUAAGCAGGUUCUCUUCUUUCACCAAGUCCCGGGACAACGAGCAGUCCAUCCUGCCAUGGGAUUGGGAGUCUGACGAGGGCUCCUCCCCUCCUCCGGACUACAACUCUGCUUUUCUAUACCCCUCCCUCUAGCAUUUGUUCUCAGACUACUUAACACAGGGUAUAUAAUCACUGUUAUUAACCUAGAAUUUCCUCUUAAUUUGCAUACUCUACCUCGUUACAGUAUUUGCAUGUCCUCUUGUCCUCCUCUAUCUCCAUCCAACAAACUUAAGAUCAUCUCUAUAGAUCUAACACAAGAACCCUUCCUUAUAUUACCAGUUACUACCUUGCAUUGCCACACAUAACCCCCUUCUAAGAGCAGCUACGCAUUACCUGAUUGUACUUAUAACUCACAAUUAUGAAGAAUUUAUUUACGGAGUAUGAUAUUGGUACCUUAUGUGCUUAGCUUUGUGAAGAGGAACACUGCUGUAUUAAAUAAUGGUUCCUCCUCCGAAGCUGCUUUAUGCUGGAAAAGAUGAAGAUAGUGUUGUGUUUAUGUUUCAAUUGACUUGUUUUAAAUAUGGAUUUCAUUUGUAUUAUUAAAAGCUGUUGUGUAGCCAAUUGCAAAUCAAGACAAGGCCCUAUAUAUCAGUUUCUGUAUUCAAAUAUUCAAACACACAUUGUAACCUUUGAGACACGAUGGUGAUUGUUUAUGUCGAGGAGAAGUCUGCCAUUACCUGGAGUCUGAUGUGGAAGAUAUGGACUGCAGAUGGGAAUUGAGUUUAUUGUAUUUUAAUCCCUGGUCCUUGUUUAAUAAAGACAUAAAAGCACAA